AUGUCUUUCCGAGAAUUUAUCCUCAAUUUUGUUACAGGUGUCUCUACUAAUAUGAGAAUCGAACAAGUUGCCACCUGCGCACGUUCCGAUUGUAACAGGCCCGUGUACACGGAAGCGGAUGGAUACGCACAUCCUUAUUGUAGCAAGACUUGUGCUUCAAUUUACAAGGCGAAUGUCGGAAAAUGUUCUAACUCUGAAUGUCGUAAACUUAAAUAUGUGGAAGCCGACGGAAAAGUCUUCGACUAUUGCGGACGAACUUGCGCUCAAAUCCCAAGAAAAUGUGCUCGAGACGGAUGCAAAAAUUCAAAAUAUAUUCAACCCAAGAGAAAAAAUUUUUAUUUAUUUUGUAGUCCUGCGUGUUAUUGGAAAGGUUCCGACUCUUUGGUUUCCACGAAAAUCACUCCACUCUCUACCAAUAAUUUGGAUUACAUCCGUAUUCAACGAAGGUUCUCAUCUGCAUUGCCUCAGGUCACAAUUUUAGGAAUUCUACUCUUGCAGAUGCCAAGUAACAUUGUUAAGGCUCAUAACGCCUUGAAAAGUAACAUGGCCGCCUCGGGAAGUGCAUUGUACAAAAUGUAUCAUGGCACAAAGUCUACUUGCGAUCCUGUAAAUCUGAUUUCCCGCAAAGAACCGACAUGUAAUGCAGGUUGUGGCGUCUGCGGGAUCAUUAGAGAAGGAAAUAAAACUUCUUAUUCUCGUAGUGGUGUUAACCAAAUGUGGUUCGCGAAAUCUCCCGCCACUUCUAUUUCCUACACUUAUGGAUCCAAUAAAGCAAUUUUUUGUGUGGAUAUUAUUUCUCCCACUCCUCCUACCGACUAUAUAAUUGUUAAUUCCAAUGCGUCUACAUUGCCACGAUUUUUGGUCAUCUUUCGUUAA